AUGAUUCGCCGAAACCCGACCCUCAUCCCCAUGAGCGACAUGGACGUCCAAGACAUUCGCAACCUCAUUGCACACAAGAAGGCAGGCAAGGGCAAAGACACGUAUGCUGCGCCUGCGAACACGGCGCAAGGAGGACAAGGCUAUGCAGCUGCUGAGGAGGCGAAGAGGAAGAGAGAGGGCAUGAGCAGAGAUGAGAGGCUGGGGCUCUGA